AACAGAUUUAUGAGCGCCUCAGAUACUAUGAAUAUGAAACUGCCCAAUACCCAUAAAGACUAAAAAAAUAAAAACUCAUCCAACUGCAAGAGAUAAAUAAAUUAAGAAGAAGCUGUAAUGUAUGUUUAGUUGGACGGAAAAGCUUUGUAGCGCUUCAAUGACUGAAACUACAAAGACCAUCAUUCCUUUAAUCUUAAUCCGCCGUCCCAUCUUCCUUUAUUGUGACGUAACGUCCGGGCGUGUUGUUUUCAGCCUCCGCGCACAAACGUACUGUGGGUAUAAAAAAAAAUGCACGAAGCUCAUUGGUCAGGUGUCUCCUGGCGUCAUUUCCGCUGUGCAAGUUUUCCCGGGAAAGGCGAUUGGCGCGGACUUGAUUGUUUUGGAUAGAAAGUGGAGGAUUACGGUGUCAGAAGGCUAGGGAGAUCGUUAUGGCUCCAGUAUCCACAUCAGAUAAAGAUGCCGAUAAUCACGACGGUGACGCUGGAGACUCCUGUGGGAUUGCGGUGUCGCGCUCCAGGAGGGAGAAGAAGGAGAAAACUGGGCGCAGGUCUGCCCUGGAGCAGCUGAAGAGAGCCAAGAAAGGAGAAAAAGUCAAGUAUGAGGUGGAGGAGCUCACCAGCGUGUACGAGGAGGUGGACGAGGAGCAGUACUCCCGGCUGGUCAGGGAGAGGCAGGACGACGACUGGAUCAUCGACGAUGAUGGGACAGGCUACGUGGAAGACGGGCGGGAGAUCUUCGACGAGGACCUUGAUGGGGAUGCCCUGGACAGAGCUCCCAGAGGGAAGGGGGGCGACCGGAGCACGGGCAGCAAGGAGAGGAAGAGUGUGAAGAAGGCAGCAGUGUCCAAACCCAGCAGCAUCAAGUCCAUGUUCAUGGCCAACAGUGCAAAGAGCAAGGAGAAAGAUGUUGACUUGUCCAAGGAUGACCUCCUGGGUGACCUCCUGCAGGAUCUCCAUUCUGAGAAGUCUCCUGUACUGACCCCACCGCCUGUCAUUGCUCUGAAGAAGAAGAAGCCUGCUGGGGUACCCCCGAACCCCUUCUCUGUCAGGACUCCGACUCCUAAGGCCCCGGCCGUGACGCCCAGCAGACCGGUCAGCUCCGCGGGCCGGCGCGCCGCCGCUGACCUCUGCCCCGGGGCCAGGGCGCGGAUCGCCCCCCUGGAGACCCCCGACACGGCUGACGCCAAGCGAGUGAAGGUGGAGGAGCAGGAGCUGCCUCAAGCAGGGGGUGCCGCCGCUGACCUGGUGUUUGACGAGGGGGACUUCGACGAGCCCAUGGAGGAGGGGGACGAGGGGGCUGCGGGGGGCAGCUCGACGGCGGAGGUGAAGGAGGAGCUGGAGCCGCGGGCCGCGGUGAAGGAGGAGGUGGAGCGGCCGGACGGCGCUCUCCAGCGGGCAGCAGCGGCGCCGGAGGCGUCGUGCUGGGAGAGGAUGGAGGGCGACGGGGGCACCGAGCCGGCCGUGGACGUGCAGGUGGACUCCAGCCGCCUGCCCUUGGUGGUAGGGCCGGACGGGGAGCAGGUCUUCCGCUUCUACUGGCUGGACGCCUUCGAGGACCAGUACAACCAGCCAGGUGUUGUGUACCUCUUUGGAAAGGUGUGGAUUGAGCCUGCCCAGGCACACGUCAGCUGCUGCGUCGCGGUGAAGAAUGUCGAGCGCUCGAUGUACAUCCUGCCUCGGGAGCAUAAAGUGAACCUGAAAACCGGAGAGGAGUCGGACGUCCGAGUCACCAUGAUGGAUGUUUACCAGGAGUUCAGCGAGCUGUCGGAAAAAUACAAGAUAAUGAAGUUCAAGUCGAAGAAAGCUGUGAAGAACUAUGCCUUUGAAAUCCCAGACGUGCCUUCACAGGCCGAGUACUUGGAAGUGCGGUAUUCUGCCGAGAUGCCCCAGUUGCCGUCGGACCUGAGGGGCGAAACCUUCUCCCAUGUGUUUGGGACCAACACUUCCAGCCUGGAGCACUUCCUGCUGGGCCGAAAGAUCAGGGGGCCGUGCUGGCUGGACAUCCGGGCCCCCCAGCUGUGCAGCCCCUCUGUGAGCUGGUGCAAAGUGGAGGCCGUCGCCACGAAGUGCGAGCUGGUCUCCGUGGUGAAAGACCUGCCCCCCCCUCCUCUGGUUGUCAUGGCGAUCAGCAUGAAGACCGCACAGAACGCCAAAACCCACCACAACGAGAUCAUGUCCCUGGCCGCCUUGGUCCACCAGGGGUUCCCCAUGGACAGAGCGCCCCCCCAGCCUCCCUUCCAGACGCACUUCUGCGCCAUCAGCAAACCAAGUGACUGCAUCUUCCCAUACGACUUCAAGGAGGCUGUGAAUAGAAAGAAUGCUAAAGUAGAGAUAGCUGCUACAGAGAGAACCCUGCUGGGUUUCUUCUUGGCCAAGGUUCACAAGAUCGACCCGGAUGUCAUUGUGGGUCACAACAUCUAUGGGUUUGAUUUGGAAGUCCUGCUGCAGAGAAUCAGUGUGUGCAAGGUGCCUCACUGGUCCAAGAUUGGCCGCCUGCGGAGGUCUGCUAUGCCUAAACUUGGGGGGCGCAGCGGCUUCGCGGAGAAGAACGCUGCCUGCGGCCGCAUGAUCUGCGAUGUCGAAAUCUCGGCCAAAGAGCUGAUCCGCUGCAAGAGCUACCACCUGUCGGAGCUGGUCGCACAGAUCCUCAAGACGGAGAGGGUGACGAUUCCUCAAGACAACCUCAAAAGCUACUACAGCGACUCCGCCCGCUUGCUGUACCUGCUGGAGAACACCUGGAUGGACGCCAAGUUCAUCUUGCAGAUCAUGUGUGAGCUGAACGUGCUCCCGCUGGCGCUGCAGAUCACCAGCAUCGCGGGGAACGUCAUGUCGCGUACCCUGAUGGGCGGCCGCUCCGAGCGGAACGAGUUCCUCCUGCUCCAUGCUUUCCACGAGAGGGACUACAUCGUGCCUGACAAACAGGUCUUCAGGAAGCUGCAGCAGGACCCCGGAGACGACGAGGAAGAGGUGGAUCUGGGGAAGGGCAAGUCCAGGAAGGUGAGGAAGAAGGCUGCCUAUGCCGGAGGGCUGGUCCUGGAUCCCAAAGUUGGUUUCUAUGACAAGUUCGUGCUGCUGCUGGACUUCAACAGCCUGUAUCCCUCCAUCAUCCAGGAGUUCAACAUCUGCUUCACCACUGUCCAUCGAGUGGCGCCGGGCUCCCAGAAGAGGACGGAGGAUGAGGAGCAGGAUGACAUCCCCGAGCUGCCCGACCCGGACCUGGAGAUGGGCGUCCUGCCCAAGGAGAUCAGGAAGCUGGUGGAGAGGAGGCGGCAGGUCAAGCAGAUGAUGAAGCAGCCCGAUCUGAACCCCGACCUCUACUUGCAGUACGACAUCCGGCAGAAGGCUCUCAAGCUGACGGCGAACAGCAUGUACGGCUGCCUGGGCUUCUCCUUCAGCAGGUUCUACGCCAAGCCGCUCGCAGCCCUGGUCACGCACAAAGGACGAGAGAUCCUGAUGCACACCAAGGACAUGGUGCAGAAGAUGAACCUGGAUGUGAUUUAUGGUGACACAGACUCCAUCAUGAUCAACACCAACAGCACCAACCUGGAAGAGGUCUUUAAACUGGGAAACAAGGUGAAGAGCGAAGUGAACAAGCUGUACAAGCUGCUGGAGAUCGACAUCGAUGGCAUCUUCAAGUCCCUGCUGCUCCUGAAGAAGAAGAAGUACGCGGCGCUGUUGGUGGAGUCCACAGGGGACGGGCACUACACCACCAAGCAGGAGCUGAAGGGCCUGGACAUUGUCAGGAGGGACUGGAGUGACCUCGCCAAGGACUGUGGGAACUACGUCAUUGGUCAAAUCCUGUCCGACCAGCCCCGGGACACCAUUGUGGAGAACAUCCAGAGGCGCCUGAUGGAAAUUGGGGAGAGUGUGGUGAAUGGCACCGUCCCCCUCAGCCAGUUUGAAAUCCACAAGGCCCUGACCAAGGACCCGCAGGACUACCCUGACAAGAAGAGCCUGCCUCACGUGCACGUGGCCCUGUGGAUCAACUCUCAGGGAGGGAGGAAGGUGAAGGCUGGGGACACUGUCUCCUACAUCAUCUGCCAGGACGGCUCGAACCUGGGCGCCAGCCAGCGGGCCUACGCCCUGGAGCAGCUGCAGAAGCAGGACGCCCUGAGCCUGGACACGCAGUACUACCUCUCCCAGCAGGUCCACCCGGUGGUGGCCAGGAUCUGCGAGCCCAUCGAGGGGAUCGACUCGGCGCUCAUCGCCACCUGGCUAGGCCUGGACCCCGCCCAGUUCCGCGCCCAUCAGCAGUACCAGCGCGACGACGAGAACGAGGCCCUGCUGGGGGCGCCGGCGCAGCUGACGGACGAGGAGAAGUACCGCGACUGCGAGAGGUUCAAGUUCGCUUGCCCCCGCUGCCGCACGGAGAACGUCUACGACGCCGUGUUCGAGGGCGCGGGCGAGCAUCUUCAGCCCAGCCUGAUGCGCUGCUGUGGUGACCAGUGUGAAGCCUCGCCGAUCAGCUUUCGCGCUGAAAUAAGCAACAAACUGGUGCUGGACAUCAGGCGCCACAUCAGGAAAUACUACAGCGGCUGGCUGGUGUGCGAGGAGCAGGCCUGUCAGAACCGGACCCAGCGGCUCCCCCUGGCCUUCUCCCGGAGCGGGCCCAUGUGCCCGGCCUGCAUGAAGGCCACGCUCAGGCCCGAGUAUUCGGAAAAAGCCCUGUACAACCAGCUGUGCUUCUAUCGGUACAUUUUCGACUGGGACUACGCCUAUGCCAAGUGUCUCCAGAGCGAAGAGAGAGCCACCGUCAAGCAGAACCGCUGGAGCAACCUGAGGGACGUGUACGUCAAGCUGAGGGACGUGGUGGAGCAGACCUUGGCGACCAGCGGCUACUCGGAGGUCAACCUGAGCAAGCUCUUCCAGGCCUUCGCCUCGUUCAAGUGACCCCUCGGCCUUCCCGCAGGCGCUCGGGGUGCAGCUGCAGUCGGGCCGGGUUCUCCCUCCUGCCCUCGCAGGUACCUGCCUCUCGCCUCGGUCCUGCCUGCCGGCAGCCUUGAGCCUCUGUGGGCACCAGCUCCCAGCUGCCUGCUGUAGGGCCCCGCUGUGCAGACUUAUCCACUCGUCUUUUUAAGCAAGUACACCAGGGAAUAUCCUUCACGUCCCAAUGGCAAAUCAGUGGAAUUCACUCCUGGUCCUGAAGGGCUGUAGCUCACCACCAUUUAUUUUAUUGGUAACUGUUAAUCCUCGCUGAGAAGAGACCUGGAAGCAGCAGUAACAUAAACAAAUGAAGUGAACAUAGUUGAGUCCAGGGAGGACAGGAAACUGGAAGACAUAGCAGCCUACCAGGACCAGGAGUAAAUAUCAGGGCUUUAAAUAACCCCCCCCCCCGUUUUAUUGUUUUUGGAUUUGGAUACCUCGCCUAAAAUAAAAAUAAAAAAAGUCUGAUUUCUUCCUGUUGGUUUGGUGUUUUAAAAAUGCCUUUGUUUCAGAAAAUUUGACUUCAGAAUUAUUCUGAGGUGUCCUGUAGCCCUGCGUGGCUGCUGGUGAAUCUGAAACACAGGCAGGACACUUCCAGAGCCUGCUCUGACCCAGCAAACCCAAAGGCGUCAAAAACUGCACCUUUAAAACAACACCGCAAUGGUGACUCUCCCUCAGAAGCCUGUCAUUUUGUCCACCUCUGUAUAAUCGCCGAUCACUUUGCUUUAAAAAUCCCUCUCGAAACGUUUGUGCAUUGCCCCAGGAACUUAAGAAAAUGGCCCACUUUCUCUGCCCUCCCUGAUCGCCACAGUGCGGGUCUGUAGGUCUGAAUCCGGCCCCACACUCCAGGUCCUGUAAUGUGCGAGGGUCAGAGAAAAUCAGAGAUGAAAACCGAUGGGAACAAUUGCAGCUAAAUGACAAGUGCCUGCUGGAGUAAUACCUUUUUAACAGGAUCUAGAUGUUGUAUAAUGAGUUAUGUUAUUUUUUUAUGUUGACAGUUCGGCAAUUAACUGUAAUGAUAUAAAAUUGCGCUACAAUUCAGAAGUCGUUUUCCACAAUUGGAUACUUGAUUGAAUUGCCCCUCGGAUUCAGUUAUCAAGAGUCCGUUCUGGAAGGAGGUGGAAGCUUAAUGGAAUAGCUAAGAUGCUCAGUACCUGUGAUUGAGCAUAUUGUAGGGUGUUUUUGGAAAGUGACAGUUGGGACUGAAAAUGUUUUUAGAAUCAGAGCACAGAAAGGUCCCCUUUUGUAAAAUGCAUUAAGGUUGCCUUUUGUUACGCCAGUUAAACUUUUGCAAAUUAUGUUUUUAUGUCCUGACGUUGUGUCUUUUAUUCAGUCUUUUGUAAUGCUGAAAAAAUACAAGCAUUUAAAAAGUUAAAAUUGAAAGGUAUUGAAUAAAUAAAACUGCAAAAAGUU